AUGCUUGCUGGGCUGGUGGUAGUGAUUACAGCACCACAAGAAGAAGCCAAAGGAGUGAAGUUGGCCAAGAAGUUGGCCAUCCACAAGCAACUUCGGGAAUGCGACGAGGGGCUCUGCUGUGAGUGGGACAUGGCUGAAUGGCAGUGUGUUGAUUCUGGCUGGUUCUCAAACAUGCCGCUUGCAUGCUUCUCACUUCACCAAACCCGAUCCUGCCAAGUCCCCUGUGAGGUCCCCUGUGAGGGUCGAGCAUUCAGAACCUCCGAGGCCCCACAAGCCUGCAUGCAGCAGCGACGACGCCCUGACGCUGGCUCCACCGCGCGGAGAGCGGGGAUUGAGGCUGGCAGAGGGCUGGGCCGCGAAGUUUUGGAGGAAGUGCCAAGAGCCCAGAGGGAGGGCUGCCGAGGGCCAGUGACGGCCAGCAACAAAGCGGCGAGGCCAGGUGCCACCCGCAAGCCGCGCGCCCCGCCCGCCAGACAGUGCCUGCCGGCCGGGUUACCUGCGGCCGGGGGGCGGGGCGGCUUCCCGUCUGCGCCGGCCCCCAGGCUCCCGGGCGGCGGCGCCGGGAAGUGGGAGCUGGAGCGCUGGAGGCGGGGACUGGUUGCCGAGGCUCCAGCCCAGCUGGGCUUUGAGGCGAGGGGCGCAUGGAGCGGCUGGCGCGGCUCUGUGGGCUGUGGGCGCUGCUGCUAUGCGCCUCCGGCGGCGGCGGCAGCGGCGCGGCGCCCACCGGUGAGUGCGGCUCUCGGGCUCGCGGUGGCCACGGGACUGGGCUGCCGGGAGUGGGGGGGCGCCUCGGCGGAGAGGCCGGCGCAGAGGCGGCGGCGGCGGCGGCGGAGGAUUCGCCUCCGCCUUUCCCUUGCAUUGGGAAGAGUUGAAGAGCCCAGCACUGGGGCGCGGGACGGAAACAAGCCCGCAGUGUCGGAGAGCCAGCUGGUCUGGACUCAGAAUGUCACCUCAGAGCCCAGGGGCAAGGAGCUAAGAGGCUCAGGCUUCACUGGUCUUAGAACUGGAUUAGGAAACCCGGAGCAGCAUCCAGGAGAAGAUCAGCCACCUGUGACCAAUUUGAGUGUUUCCAUUAAAAACCUCUGCACAAUAAUAUGGACAUGGAAUCCUCCUGAAGGAGCAAGCCCAAAUUGCAGUCUGUGGUAUUUCAGUCAUUUUGACAACAAAAAGGAUACGAAAAUUGCUCCAGAAACUCAUCGUUCCAAAGAGGUGCCCUUGAAUGAGAGGAUCUGUCUCCAAGUAGGGACCCAAUGCAGCACCAAUGAGAGCGACCAGCCUAAGUUUUUGGUGGAAAAGUGCAUCUCACCCCCUGAAGGUGAUCCGGAGUCUGCUGUGACAGAGCUGCAAUGCAUUUGGCACAAUCUGAAUUACAUGAAGUGUUCUUGGCUCCCUGGAAAUAAUACAAGUCCUGAUACUAAUUAUAUUCUGUACUAUUGGCACAGCAGCCUGGGAAAAAUUCUUCAGUGUGAAGACAUCUACAGUGAAGGUCAACGUAUUGGUUGCUCCUUUAAUCUGAAGGACCUCAGGGUGGAGCAAGGGAGCAUCCAAAUAAUGGUCAAGGAUAAUGCAGGAAAGAUCAGACCAUCCUUCCAUGUAGUGCCUUUAAAUUCUAAUGUGAAACCUGACCCUCCACAUAUUAAAAAUCUCUCCUUCACAAACAAUGAAUUGUAUGUGGAAUGGAAGAAUCCUGAGAAUUUUAAGAGCAACUGCUUAUUUUAUGAAAUAGAAGUCAAUAAUAGCCACAUUGAUACACAGGUUUUUCCGAUACAGGAUAGAAAGAAAAGCAACAGGGAGUACCAGAGGAAUGUCUUCUGUUUCUCCAUUCCCAGUGCUCUUCCUGAUACUUUGAACACAGUGAGAGUAAGAGUGAAAACAAGUAGAUUCUGCUUCGAAAGUGACCACCUCUGGAGUGAUUGGAGUCCAGCAAUGAGUAUAGGUAAGAAGCCCACCUCUGCACUGUAUAUCACCGUGUUACUCGUCAUUCCAUUCAUCGUUGCAGGUGCAAUAAUACUGCUUUUGCUUUAUCUGAAAAGGCUCAAGAUCAUUAUAUUUCCUCCAAUUCCUGACCCUGGCAAGAUUUUUAAAGAGAUGUUUGGAGACCAGAAUGAUGAUACCUUGCACUGGAAGAAGUAUGACAUCUAUGAGAAGCAAACCAAAGAAGAAACCGACUCUGUAGUGCUGAUAGAAAACCUGAAGAGAGGCAGCUCUCCUCAAUGA